AUGGCUGAACCACAUAGACAAAGGACUUUAGGAGACUAUGGAGUACCUAAUAUGCAUGGAUACAGUUCUUCUAUUUUAUGUGAUACUAUAAGGAUCAAUGGAGUUAGCGAAGAUGCAAUCAGAUUAAGAUUGUUUCCAUUUUCCUUGAGGGACAAGGCAAAAUGUUGGCUCCAAGCCCAACCACAAGGAAGCAUAACUACUUGGACAGAUCUAGUCAAUAAAUUUUUCUCUAAAUAUUUUCCACCUUCUAAGGCUGCAAAGUUAAGAGGAGAGAUCACAUCCUUCAUGCAACAAGAGGGAGAAACCUUAUAUGAGGCAUGGGAGCGAUACAAGGAACUCUUGAGAAGAUGUCCACAUCAUUGCAUACUGGAAUGGAUGCAACUUGAAACUUUCUAUAAUGGGAUGAAUCCAGCAACUGCAACCAUGAUUGAUGCAGCUGCAGGAGGUUCUUUGAACACCAAAUCACUAGAAGCUCAAGGAAUUAUAGAUAUGAUGGCCACCUCCAUGCAUCAAAGCUGUAGCUUGAGACAAUCAACAAGUAGUAAUGGCUAUGAGGCAAAACUUCUUGAGACUUUUUUGACUCAAAAUCAGCUGCAAAAUCAAUUGUUUUCUGAGCAAAUAGCUGCACUCACCCAACAAAUCAGCAACUUACAAGCUGCAUCAACCCAGAAUACUCCACUUGUGUGUGAUUUUUGUGGAGGGAAUCAUGUAAACGGAGCUUGUGAUGGAAAUAAUUCUGAAUCUCAAGAACAAGUCAAUUAUAUGGGGAAUUUUCAGAGACAACAAUAUUCAUUUUCUCCUGGUUUUCAAUUCUCUAACAAUAGAAACCAGCAGCAACAUAGCUGGAAUAACCAAAAUUCUAAUUGGAAAAAUUCUAACUCUGCUGUUCCAUUUUAA